AUGCCCAGUCCCAACCCAGACCCCGACCCUCCAAUUGACGUGACGAACCUCACAAUCGCCAGAUACCAUCAUGAACUCCGCCAACAAACCACCACCUGCACCGCUGUCAUCACCGCCUACCUAGCCCGCAUUGCCCGCUACGAUCCAGCCCUCAGCUCCGUCUUGUCCAUCAACACCCACGCCCUCCACACCGCCGCCCAAAAAGACGCCGAAACAGCCUCCCUGCUCCUCUCAGGCACGCCCUUCCCACCCCUCCAUGGCGUUCCUGUCAUCCUGAAAGACAACUACGGCACCGCCGACCUCCCCACCACUGCCGGUGUCCGCGCCCUGCGCACCCUCCGCACAACGGAUUGCGCCGUUGUGUCGCGCCUCCGCGCCGCCGGCGCCAUCAUCCUGGCCAAGGCCAACCUGCACGAAUUCGCCCUGCAUGGCACCACGACCUCCUCCGCCGGCGGCCAGACGCGCAAUCCUUACGAUCUAGCCCGUACCCCUGGCGGGUCCUCCGGUGGCACGGCGGCCGCGCUGGCGGCGGGGCUAGCGCUCAUCGGCUGUGGCACGGACACGGUGAACUCACUGCGCUCGCCGGCGAGUGCAUGCAGCAUUGUCGGGUUCCGUCCGUCCUUCGGGGAGGUCUCGUGUGCCGGGAUCGUGCCGGUGAGCGGCACGCAGGAUGUUGCAGGCCCGAUGGGGCGGUCCGUGGCGGAUGUGCGCGCCUUGUAUGCGGCUAUGAGGGGCAAUACCGCGCGGGACUUCGAGCCGGAGCGGGGCGGCAUCUGGCUGCGGAUUGGCGUGCUGGAGGCGUAUUUCUCGCUGGAGGGCGAGAGCGGGUACGACACAGAGACAGUCGGCGAGAAUGCGACUGUUGCGGCGGUCGUGGAGGGUGCUGUUGCGGCGGUGCGAGCUGCGGGGGUCGACGUUGUGCGCGUGCGUCCGGGGGCGCAUGGCGACUGGAGCUUUGUGACGCUGCAGGCUGGGGCUGAUACCCAGGCUUUUGAGUUCCGGGAGCAGGUCAAUGGGUUUCUGGAGUCGGCGGUGGUGGUGUCGACGCCGCACCGGUCAGUGGAGUCAAUUGCGGCGAGCGGGGAGUAUGAUCACGAUGCAGUGACAGAAGUGUUUACGGCGGGACUGGAGGAUCCGCAGACAUUCUCGCGGAGCAGCGAGGCGUAUCGGACUCGUUUGGAGAAUAUUGCGCGGCUGAAAGAAUCUGUCCAGGAGUGCUUCGACAAGAAUGGGAUUGAUGUCUUGUUGUAUCCGCAUCAGCGGCAGUUGGCUGUCAAGGUCGGUCGAACGAGACAGCCUAAUCGCAACGGGAUACUGGCUGCGCUGACGGGCAGGCCGGCGAUCUGUCUUCCUGGUGAGUUUCGUGAGCUGCUGGAGGCUAUCUUGGUCAUGGAAUGGCAAUGCUAA